AUGAUGGAACAGAAGAAUGGAAGUUCCUUCACUGGGUUUAUCCUACUGGGGUUCUCGGACAGGCCCCAACUGGAACGAAUCCUCUUUAUAGUACUGUUAAUCCUCUAUAUGUUCACUUUGCUGGGCAACACCACCAUCAUUGCACUGUCCUACCUGGAUCCCAAUCUCCACACUCCAAUGUAUUUUUUCCUCUCCAAUCUAAGCUUUCUGGACAUGUGUUAUACCACCAGCUCAGUUCCUCAGUUCCUGGUUAAUGUCAAUGGUGCAGACAAAUCUAUCUCCUUUGCUGGCUGUGUGUUUCAAAUGUACAUCUUUUCAGGCUUGGGAGGCACAGAAUGCAUGCUCUUAGGAGUCAUGGCAUUUGACCGCUAUGCUGCUGUGUGCAGGCCUCUCCACUACACUGUCAUCAUGCACCCCCAUCUCUGCUUCCUGAUGGCUUCGUUUUCCUGGAUCUCUGGUCUUUCCAUCUCCUUAGUGCUGACUGUGAUCAUCUUCCUUUUGCCACGGUGUGGAAGAAACAAAUUAGACCAUUUCCUUUGUGAGCUCCCUGCAAUUAUCAAGCUUGCCUGUGUUGACACCAGUAGUACGGAGUCUGAGAUUUUUUUUGCCAGUGCUGUUGUUCUUGUUAUACCUGUUUCAUUAGUCCUGUUCUCCUAUGGUCGGAUCGUGAGGGCCAUCUUGAGAAUCAAGUCUGCAGCAGGGAAGCGAAAAGCCUUUGGGACAUGUGGCUCCCACUUCAUUGUGGUGUCUCUGUUCUAUGGCACAGCCAUCUAUGCUUAUCUCCAGCCCAGUAACAACUAUUCACAGGACCAGGGCAAGUUCACUACUCUCUUUUAUGGUGUUGUUACCCCCAUGAUGAAUCCCCUGAUCUAUACCCUGCGGAACAAGGAUGUGAAGGGAGCAAUGAGGAAAGUUUUUGGGAAAGUCUAUGGUUUGAUGACUGUGUGA